AUUUUGCUUGCAGGCAGUCGCUUGCUAUUUGGUGUUUUACAAGUGCUGAUUGAUAGCUGUAGCUUAGUUUGAACAGUGUUCUAUAUUUCAGAUAAUCGCUGCUUGUGGAACUUGCACCUCGUUUACUGUUUAUGUGCAAUAACCAACAUCCACGUUGCUUCCACUACUAGCUAGUUAGUGUCUAGCUAACUUGAGCCAUAACAUCCAGCGCUGUUGGUCCGGGGGAGCAGCCAUGUCCGCACACGCAGAGGACAGCCACCUGCACUGCCUCGCCUGCCAGCUGCACUUCAAAAGCCACUCUGCCCACCUGACGCACAUGGCCAACACGCACCCUGCCCGCCUGGACGGCCUGCCCGUGGGCCGCCUGGGAAACGCUGUGUUCUACCAGCCCACAGCCAGGCUUUUCCACUGCUCCCUCUGCUUCUAUACGUCCAACUACUACCCUCAGAUCUACGACCACCUGCUGGCCAGCCACUGCCUCUCAGAGAAGGGGAGGGAGAAGGAGGAGGGAGAGAUGGUGAAGGGAGAGAUGAAAGAAGUGGAGGAGGGAGAGAUGUUGAAAGAGGGAGAGAGAGUAAAGGGAGAGGUGGAGGAGGGAGAAAAUCCAGAUGACGGGAAAGAGGGAGAAUGGGAGGAGGAGGGAGGUGAGGGCCAUACAGGCAGGGACGCUCCCCUGAGAGGCAGCUCUCAGAUGCAGGAGGAGGGAGGAGCUCCCCGGAGAGGCAGCUCUCAGAUGCAGGAGGAGGGAGGAGGGGAAAGGGACUCCAGUGACGUUUCCCUCAAACGAAAGAGGAGCUCAGCGACAGACACAAAGGAUGAAGAUGAGGAGGAGGAAGAGGAGGCGAUAGACCCCACGCAAGAGCAGAAGGAGCGUGAGGUGCUGGACAGGUACACUCUGUUCUCAGGAAACCGCUACGUCUGUCGGCUGUGUGGCUGGAAGUCCAAGAUGAAAGGUUUCAUCAUGAGUCACAUUGUGCGCUCCCACAACGUGCCCAAGCCCUUCUCCUGCCAGCACUGUGAGCGCAGCUACAUCUUGCAGAGCCAGCUGGACAGCCACACCAGCCUGUGGCACCGCCAGGGACUAUACCAGUGCCCCUUCUGCCUCUUCAGCUCCGACGUGCUGCGAGGCAUGAGGCGCCACUGCACACGCUGCAGCACCAGGCUGGAGGGAGAGGGCAGAUGUGUAACUGGAACAGCGUAG